AUGUUCCAAUUGCGUAUCAGAGUUCAGAUGCCACUACAGAUCACCGAGGCGCUCUCAGAUGGAGAUCACAGUUCAGAAGAUGAAGAAAAUGUUCAAGAUAUGCUUGUAGCUGAGGGUGUCACAUUUGUUCCAGAAUUGGUAUUUUCUAAUCCUGCUACUGCUCAACUAUGGGCUGCAUCGCUUGCCAAAGCAUUGUCUUCUAGUCCAAGUGCAGUCGCUGGACUGACGGAUAUGCAGGAUGGAGCUGACGAAGGCCACUGUGUGGAGACCACCAUGCAUAAUGGAAAUCGGAGUCAGUACCCCAAGCUGGCAUUGCAGACGUCUCAAGCAAGUCCCACAGUUCCUUCUUCGGCACCCCCUCUGCACCUGCAAUGA